CUCUUGUGCUGAUUUUGUUCACUAUGCGUUUUUUAAGUCGAGUUUUACUUGAGUUCUUGCUCAUAUUGUGCUUACCAAGUUCGCAUUUUUUGUGGAUUUGGUGCUGCUGAGCACUUCUGUUUUGUAUUCUUCUGAAGAACUGCUAGUCUCUCUGUUGUCCUGCUUGUUAGCCGUGUAAAGAUUAGAUCUUUGGAAUUUCAUUGUGUCCAGAGCUCAUUUUGGUCAAUUUAGUCUCGUUCUUUUUCGAAUUUUGAUUCAAAUUGACAUUUUCGCAUGCUUUAAUUUCAUUAUUUCCUGCUUCCGUCAUUUUUCUUUAUUUAUUUUUGUACUUUUCACGAGAAAAGCCCAUUUUCUGAUUUGAGCUCAAGUAUGCUUUCCCCAGCGUUUAUUAUUUCGAAAUUUUGGCAAAGGUUGCCCGACUUUCUUGUUUUUUUUUGAACGAAACUGUGGGGGAGAUCGCCCGACUUUCUUGUUGAUUUAAGUGAUGUUGGUUCUCACCUUGGUUCUUUAGUGAGCAUGUAUUACUUCUUGUGGGUUGGAGUGUUUUUGGAGUAACCAAUUUGGUGCUUUCAAACGUACCUUUAUGAUUUCGAAAUGAACUUCUCCGUUUGUUCUGGUUGCAUACGGAGGUAUUUGUUUGGAGAUCUCACGAGAGGUAAAUGAAAGUAGUACUCCGGUUGGGUUCUGACUGCAAUUUUGGUACAGUUGUGUCGGUGACUCUGUUGCCGCCUACUGUUCCUUCUCACCAUUCGGAGCCCAAAUGCUGUUUUGCUUCUUGUUUGACUCGUAACUAAUUCCAGUCAUGGCUGCCGGCUAGGAGUUUUCAAGACUUCCUACUUUCUAAGCAUGUAUGCUAGAAAUUUGUGAGGUUAAGUAAUCGCAAUAUUAGUUAGGAGUUGUAUGCUGAACUAGUCAUUUACCCCAUCGGUGGACUCUGUCCAAGCUUGUAGUUGGGUGAUGCAGACGCUGCGUGGUUCUCAACUAGCACUGAUUAAUAGCCGAAGAAGUUGCUGUUGUUAGAUUUGGACGUGUGCUGAUGAGGGUGGGCCUGGACGUUGACGUGUUCCUGAACAUCUCUGGCCCUGGUGGAGAUGUUUCAAUUGCAGAUUCGGACUUUUAUUUGGUCCUUGGAGUCCUUGUCAUGACUCAUGAUAAGUAUGUAGCUCAUGGAGUCAUGGUUGAUCUCAGGACUAUGUGUGCAGCUGCGUAACCACGCUGGAAUCACAAUAUGCCCACUAAGAAACAAUGUUUUUCUUUCUUAUGUUAUUUUUCCUGUCGAUAUGCUUGAUAUGUCCACUAGGAAUGUGCAUCAAGGAAAUCUGAGGGGGACUUUGGUGCGUUUUCUGAAGGCCAGAGAAUGGAGUGUACCUAAAGCUCAUAAAAUGCUUAUAGAUUGCUUAAAUUGGAGAAUACAAAAUGGUAUUGACAGCGUGUUGGCUAAACCCAUUGUGCCAUCUGAUUUAUAUAGAGCUAUCCGGGAUACUCUACUUGUUGGAUUGACAGGGUACUCCAAGCAGGGACAACCUGUUUAUGCAUUUGGUGUUGGUCUCAGUACUUUCGAUAAGGCUUCGGUGAACUACUAUGUUCAGUCACACAUACAGAUGAAUGAAUAUCGAGACCGUGUUGUCCUGCCGGCUGCAUCGAAGAAGUUUGGGAGACAGAUUAAUACCUGCUUGAAGGUUAUGGAUAUGACUGGCCUCAAGCUGUCUGCAUUGAGCCAAAUAAAGAUGUUGACCAUGAUUACAACUGUUGAUGACCUUAAUUAUCCUGAGAAAACGGAGACUUAUUACAUUGUGAAUGCACCAUAUGUUUUUUCGGCAUGUUGGAAGGUUGUGAAGCCACUUUUACAAGAAAGAACUAAAAAGAAGAUCCAAGUCCUGUAUGGCUCUGGGAGGGAUGAGUUAUUGAAGGUUAUGGAUUAUGAGUCACUUCCACACUUUUGCAAGAGGGAAGGAUCAGGUUCAUCCAGUGACUCUCUCGAUGGAGUUGACUGCUAUUCCUAUGACCAUCCUUUCCACCAGCAGCUGUACAACUACAUGAAGCAGCAAUCUCUGAAACUGGACUCUGUUGGCCCCAUAAAACAAGGCUCACUCCAUGUGGAUGUGCCCUCGCCUGGCCUUGAGGAAGUCAAGAUCGCCGAGACCAUCGAAUCAGAGCUCCACAAGUUGAGGGGAGGCAACGGCCUCACUCACUCAUUCAACAGAAUCAAGAUCGAAGGUCCAUGAGGGCGCGGUGAUUGAGAAGCGUGCGCCCAAGACAAUGGUCUAUGGUCCACGGAGGUGAUCUUGUUAUCUGAACCCCAGGAGCCUAUGGUGGGGGUGGUAGUAGUGCCUCUUGCUUGCAAUCACUGGCUGCAGGCUUGAGUAGGAUAAGUAGAGAAUGUAGUAGAGAACACGGGAUUCUAAUAACCGGUAUCCGAGAUUGUUAUCAUCCUAAUUAACCUAGCGACUAUCGUUGUAUUUUCGUGCUUAUUAUGUCAUGGGAAUUGUGACGUUUCCACCCAUGAAAGUUACCAGGUUGGAGUGCUCCCUAUGUAUCUAUGUAUAUGUAUAUAUGUCUGCCAACUCGGUGAAGUUGGUAUCUCAGGAGACUUGUACUUGCUAGCACCUAAGUUACUUGAAAAGUGAUCCUUCGGUUUGCGCGCAGUUUUUAUCAAUAAAGUUUUGCGUGCUGUUGAACUA